AGAGCAAAGAAUACAUGCUCUAUUAUUCAUUUUCUUCCGUACGUAAAGGAAAGAUACUUUGCAAACUGGUCUGUGCAAUAAGAACGAACUGUUCUCUUUGCCUAUUGUCCUCCUACGACACUGUCGUCAGAGGCAAUGCGAAGUUCCACCGCUGUGUGAAAAUUUGUACUUUUGCGAGUAGCCUGCGAUGAAACGACGAGCGCAACGUUGCCAGUUUAUGAAGUCCAUCAUUUCUCUCGUCCUUCUAUGCACAGCGUCGCUGACAAAUGCUGGACCCCGCGGAAGAACCAACAGUGGCAUCUUGUAUUAUGUUGGCGGCUGGUACGGGGACACGGGAUUUGGAGGUGGAAGUGCUAAUGUGUGGCUUCCGCCAAGCGUUAAAGCCCCCUUGGCACCAGCCCACGCUGUCGACUCUGAAGGCCUACCCGUCAGCAAGCUUACUGACCAACAAAAUAUUCCACUUGAAGCAGGUACCGGAGGUCUGGUUGGAGGUAGUGGCGCAGGCAAGCUCGGUGUGGCCAGAGGUCCAUCUGUAGCUUCCGUGUCUUCAAUAAACGUACCUGAUGGCACCUCUAGAAAGACGUCUCGAUUUCAAACACCAGCAGGAUCUACGGUGGUAUAUCCAGGUGGUACCGCAAGCACACAGGCCAAGAAUACAGAAGGGAAGGGAUCCUCUGCCUCUAGUACCAAACCAACCGGCUCUACUAAUGCUGUCGCCGAAUCCAACAGUGUAGCAAGAACAAGAAACAUUAUUCACGAGAAGCCCUUAGGAUGGAGUGCCAGUUCCCAAAACAUCGAUGUACUUAGAAGUCACACCACCUCAGGCAAAACACCGGUCUCCGCAGGUGUUCUUUCUGUGGGAAGCGGGACCGGACAAUCUGGAAGUAUGAGAGAUCAUCCCUCCGCUCAUACCAAAUCACAGCACAUCCCACCUGUUAAUACUGCACAAUCACCCGCUACGGUAGGCUCUACGACGUUCCAUGCGCCGAGACACUUAGAAGCUUCGACCAGUUCACGCAUGCCCGGAACUGUAGGCACGCUCGGCCGACAUCUUGGCUUGAAGAGAGCACAUGCUUUCGAAGGAACCAUUCCUGCUAGUAGAAUAACCAAGGCAUCGGAGGCACCAAGUGUGUACAACACAUCUGUCCGUGAGAACAAACGGUCUGACUCUUUCGUUGGUAUUGUAACAUCACCCAGUGAAGGGGGCUCUGGAAUUCACUAUCCAUCUCUAGCACCAGGAAAUACAACGGGAAUUAGAACGGCUACAGCUGGCAAUUCGCCUAGCUUGAGCAAAGCUGAAUCUGCGGGAAAUUUACUUGUUGGCAAGACGAAAGCAGGUCCUCAAAGAGGUAGUCACGACGGCUUCUCCGCCACCGCAAUCACACGAAAUAGCAUCCCACUUGGAACAUCAGAAUCUCCUGCAGCUCGAGGUUCCGGAAGCUCCCAUUCUUCCCGGCCCUUUCUUGGCAUCGUUGAUAAGGGAGUCGCUGAAACUGGUGCCGCGCUCCGACGUCAGCCUAUCUUGGGAAACGCAUCUGAAUCCGAGAAAGACCUUCAUGCUCGUAACUCGAGAAGGCAUUUUGGAAGUAACAGUGGGCCUAACUUCCUUCUUCCUUUAAAGCAACCAAACGGUUUUGCCGAUGGCGCUGCAGAAUCAGCUAGUGUAGUACAUUCCAGGACCUCUAAUCCACUGACAGGCAGACGAGGUCCCACUAGUUCAGUCGACUCUGUUAGACACACUGAAGGAAGUCAUCCCAACUUGCAGACCAAACAUGGAAGAGCAAGAGGCAUGCCUGUUAGUAGUGCAAGCAGACAGCCUGAACGUUCCGGCAAGUACCACUCCUUCCAUGAAAGUAAACCAUCUGGUUUUACUCUAAGCCCAACAAUAUUACCAAAUGAAGGGGGUUUCAAAAUCAGCCAUCUUUCCGGAUACUUAGGUGGCAAAGCCACUCCCGCAAUCACGAUAGCUAGAGGCGCCCUUCGAGAGCAUUCAAGUUUGGCUGAAGCACCCGGAUCCGGACGUUUUCCUAGUAGUAGCACGGGAGGAACGCUUCAAAUUAAUGGCAGAUAUGGCCCCAUCAGCUAUCAAAAUCGUCCUUCUGGCUUUAACGCUCACGUCUCAGAAACUGCAGCGUUAGGUGGUUCUGCAGGACCAUCAUCAGGCGCAUCUGGUAAUCAUCACUUCACAGGGUCUAAAAGAAACUUUAGUAAGCAGCCCCUCUUGAACGUAGCAGCUGAAUCCGAAGGCUUGCCUGGUGGAAAUGCGAGAGGACAGCUUGGAAACAACGUCGCUUAUGGCUCCUUUAUCGAUACGAGUUUACCGUCCGGCUUUUCAAUUAGCAGCACAGGAGCUCCUAUAGGAGCGGGAUCCGAUAUAUUCCGCUCUUCCGAACGCUUAGGAAGUUUUGCCGGAUCUCGAAUUGUUGAAUCCGGUAGUACUCUUGCGCAAACUUUAGGCUCACGCGAUUACCCUGAACGCGCCGCAGGUUCCUCUGCUAGUGGCGCAAGAACACAGCUGCAAAAUAGCGGUCUUUAUAGACCUAAAGUCCUUGAAACAAAACUAUCUCGUUUUACCGUUGGCACCUCCAACUCCCCUGUAGCUCCGCUUCCUUCUGUACCCCUUAAAGCUUCUCCUAGUUCUGGAAACACUCGAGCUGUAGGCACGCUGGCAAACGUUGCCGGCUUAAACGGGCCACCUCCAUCUACCCCACGUACCGCAGCGUAUGGCUCCUUCAUCGAUACAAAUCUACCGUCCGGCUUUUCAGUUACCAACCCAGGUACACCCGUAGGAGCGGGUUCCUAUGUCCACUCUUCCAAACAGUUAGGAGAUUUUCUCAGAUCUAGAAUUGUUGGAGCUGGCGGUACUCUCGCGCAACCUCUAAACUCGCGCAAUUCACGUGAGAAUGCAGGUGGUUCCCCUGCUAGUAGCGGAAGAAUACAGCUUGCAAAUAACGGUCUUUAUAGACCUCAAGUCCUUGAAACAAAACCAUCUCAUUUUACCGUUGGCACCUCAAACUCCCCUGCAUCUCCGCUUCCUCCUGCACACAUUGAAACUUCCCCUAGUUCUAGAAACGCUCGAGCUGUAGGCGCGCUGGCAAACGUUGCCGGCUUAAACGAGCCACGUCCAUCUGCCACGAGAAACGGAGCGUACGGCUCCUUCAUCGAUACAAGUCUACCGUCCGGCUUUUCAAUUAGCAAUGCAGGUGCACCCAUAGGAGCGGGUUCAGAUGUCUUCCACUCUUCUAAACGCUUUGGAGGUUUUGGCGGAUCUCGAAUAGUUAGAGCUGGCGGUACUCGUGGGCUACCUAUGCGCUCAUCCGAUUCCCGUGAAGGUGUAGGAGGUUCCCCUGCUAGUAGCACAACGACACAGGUUGGAAAUAGCGGUCAGUAUAAACCUCACGUCCUUGAAAGACAACCAUUCCAUUUUACCGUUGGAACCUCUGAAUCACCUGCAGACUUUAAGACCUCGCUUCCUUUCGUACACAUUGAAACGUCUAGUUCCGGAAAUGCUGGAGGUGUAGACAGGCUGGCUGAGGUGCCCAGCUUAAGCAAGCCACCUCAAUCUGCUGUAAGGACCGGAGCUUACGGCUCCUUCCUGCCUACAAGUCUACCAUCCGACUUCUCAAUUAGCAGCACAGGAGCAGCUAUAAAAGCAGGGUCCGAUAUAUUCCACUCUUCCGAACGCAUAGGAGGUUCUGGUGUAUCUGGAAUUACUGAAACUCGCGGCAGUCUUGGGCAUCGUUUCGGCUCAGGUGAGACACGUGAACAUUCAGGAGGCUUCCCUGCUAGUAAUGUGAGAAGACAGCUUGGAAGUGCUGGCCAGUAUGGAUCUAGGGUGCUUGGAAGACCACCAUAUUAUUAUACUAUUCGCACCUCAGAACCACCUGCUGCCUCAAAGACAUAUCAUUCUUCUGCACAUUUCGAAGGUCCCCAUAACGCAGGAAACGCUGCCCUUCUAGGCCCGCUUGCGACGGUGGGCAGCUUACAUGAGGUACCUCAAUCCACAAGAAAUAUCCUUGGGAGGCCGAUAAGGCCUUCCGCUACCAGAGGCGGGUACAACUUUUUGUCUGAUAGUGUAGGACAUGGCAACCUUGGCACCAGGGGAUCACCAAGUGAUGCGCGAAACAGAAUCUUCAAUCCUCCAGGACACAUGGGAGAAUUGGCCGGCCCUGGAUUCGCCGAAGCCGCAAGCACCAUGAAAUUUCAGCCCGCCUUGGCCGGAACAGCUCGACAUGAAGGAGGCUUCCCUACUGCUAGUGAGAGGAGGCGGCUUCAACCAGUGCUAUCUGGAAAUAUUGCUAAUUAUGGCUCACGUUAUCCCAAAAUGCCAAACUCUGAAAUUAGCAUUGGCCCCCUAAUGCCAAUGUCACCUAGUAUAGCGGUCUCCAAAGUCUCAGAUUUUUCUAACCGUAGAGCCGGUUCUGGCGGUUCACCAGUCACAAGAACUGGAGGCGCCAUCGAAUGGCCAACAAAUUCUGACGAUAGAACUAGAUCCGAAGGAGGUUUUAGUGCUGAUAGUAGGAAAAUACAGACUGAACCUACUGCUGCAUACGAGUAUUAUCCAAUAAAUUAUCCACCUAGUUCUAAGAUUGGAAAACCGGAAUUACCCAGUGGAAGAGCCACCCUCUUCUACAGACCUGAAAGACACCUAGGAGAAUUUAGGAGUUCGGACCUUCGCCGCCACCACCUUCGUUUGUUCAACGGCCACGGAGGAGUACCUGAACUCGAAGGUGUUACGGCUGGUACCUGGAAAAAACUGUCAGGAGAAAGCAGUGGCCAUGAAGUUCUCGCUCCCAAAAGUUCAACAAAUGACUAUACCAUUGGUGACGCAAGGUCCGUCAUUGAAAGAGGUGAUAGAACUUCCAAACCAGCCAUACGCCUAAGUGAUACGAGUGGUUCUCAAAUGACUGGAUCUAACCGUAUGAUUGGGCAGCAGCCCGGGUUUGAAGAGGCCUAUAAACGCGGUGGAGAUUUGCCUACCAGUGGAGGAAGAGAGAACUCUGGAAGUACCGGUGGUGAUAGCUUCCUUUUUCCUAAAAUGGUUCCAUCAGCCUUUACCACUGGCAUUACAGGAUCCCUUAAUGAAGCAGGCUCGAGGAUUUCGAAUGUCGCCAGACACUUUAGAGAUUCCACCGGCUCUGCAAUUAACACAGUGGGAGGGAAUAUCAGACGGCAGUCCGUAUCGGCCAAUGAACCUGAGUUCGAAGAAGGAUCCCUAGGUGUAUCUAGGGAACAGCGUGUAGGUACUAACGGAUACGCUAUCGUACCUCACGACAGACCAUAUGAUACUAGCGUGAGCACCGCAAGUUCGUCGAAUGAAGUGGGCUCCAGAAUACCCGAUGCUUCAGAUCGACUAAGUGCCAACACCGGUUCUGGAAUAACUCAAACUGGAGGCACACUCGGCUGGAAAUAUGGCUUAGACCAGCCUCCUGUAUUCGCCGGAGGCUUCACUGGGCGUAGCACGAGAGGAAAACUUGGAAGUACCGGCGGGUACAGCUCAUCUGUUUUUAGAAAUGAACCGAUUGCCUUUAUUGAUGGCAGCAAUGAAUCGCCCAAUUCAGAGGAUUCCAGAAAUUCUAUUCGCAACGGACGCUUAAGAGGUUUCAGCUCAGGCUUUCCUGGCUCAUAUGAUUUCUCCAAGAGAUCCAGGGUUCACUCCUACCAUAGGGAAAAUCUAGCUCGUCGCUUCGCCAACGUCGAGAGUUUCGUUGGCGGUCGUGACAACACUGUCAGAAAUAACGACGCUGGUUCCCUUGUCUCCAGUGAGCUUGGCCCUAGACGACAGACAGGCUACCCCAUCAAUGCUGAAUUGCCUCAUUACGACAGCUCCUUCGCUGGCAACAAUGGAGGUACGAGCCGUAGUAGCACUGCUGGUUACUUUGGCAACAAUGCUAACCGCGGCCAACAAGGUUACAUUCCGGUUUUCUCACCUGGCACAGCUAGGCGUCAUGACUCGUCCGUAUCCAGCCAAGAAGCCACUGCAUGGAAUAGAAGAAAUUCUUUGCAAAGCAAUGGACCAUUUGCUCUUUCCACUAGUAAUCUGUGAUUGAGCGUAAGCACACCUGGACAUCUUAAGCAACUCAAAAAGCCAGCAUCACGGUGACGUCAUCCAAUUUUUUUGGAUUCAGGAAACAGGAACAACAACUACGUGAACUACAUGAGUGGCCGUAUUCCCAUGCUUUUGCAACUGUUGAACUCUCACAAUAUAAUUGCAUUUGGUUAAAAGCCGAAAAAUAGGUUCCUGUUUAAAACCGUCUAUGUUACGCCCCCUCCUCCUCCCUACACCUACUGCCCAUUUAUAAACGGCGAUUUACCAGCGGUGUAUGACGCAAAAUAAAAGAUAUUG